AUGAAUCAAAGUAAUCAUAAUAAUAAUAAUACCAAUGUUAUUAGUGAUAAUACCAGUUUUAUAAACAAAAAAAAGUCACGAAAUAUGAAAAAAAAUAAUUUGAAUACCAAUAUACUUACAACUCCUGAUUUAAAAUAUACAGGAGACUUAGAUAAAGGAAUUUCCGUUAAUAAUAAUAGUAGCAAUGGUAAUAAAUCAAAACCCAUAUUAUUAUCAAUAGGUGAGAAAAAAUAUAACAGUAAUAAGAAAACAAUUAUGUCUUCAGGUUCUGCUGUUUAUAAUAAGUCUGUGAAUGAAGCUUAUGAAUUCAUUUUGCAAAACAGACUUGUUAAUGACCAAAAACAACCAUCUAGCAAUGAUCAUAAUCAUAAAGGGGUUCUUCUGUCAGAUGACUAUGAACAGGAUGAUUACACUACCCACACGUCUAAUAUAGGUGAUCAUUAUGUAGACUAUGAAAAUUACUAUUACCAAAAAUUUAAAGAAAGUUUGGCAAAUGACAAGAAUAAUAACCGGAAUGAUGAAAACAGUAUACCCUCAUUAGAUGAGGAUCAAAAACAUGAAGAAUAUGAUGAUGAUGAUGAUGAUGAUGAUGAUGAUGAUGAUGAUGAUUACAAUGAGGAAGCAAAUGAAAGUUUUAUUGAUGAUGAAACAAAUCAGAGUUUUACUGAGGAAGAUUAUACCAGUGGAGAUGAGUUUGAAAAUGAAAAAUAUGAUUAUGAUAAUAAUGAAACAACUUUUAUUGAUAGAAAUAUUAAAAGUUCUUCUAAUGCACAUAACUCUUAUUCAUAUAAUCAUAAUAAUAGUAAUAAUAAACCAAGGACUAAAUUGAAAUUACGUUGGGGUAGAAUAUUGACGCUUUUAUUUCUACUCUCAUUUUUUUUUAUAAAAACAUUUUUCUAUGAUUUUGUGAACCAUCAUCCUAAUGCAGACACAUUAGCCGAUAACUCACAUUCACAUGGUGAGAUUAGUAAAUUACAAAAGCAAUUUGCUGAAUUAUACAAUGAAACCAGUAAUUUUAAAAAUGUGUUUAAAAAUUUGGAAAAUACACUUCAAAAAUAUAUUUAUGGGAAAGAUUAUAGUAUAAAUACCAACGGCAUCAUACGCAAUGACUCAGCCUUAUAUAAGGUUUGGGAAGAUCGAUUUUUUGAUAAUUUGAAGUUAUAUCUACCUAAAGAAAUACCUGUUGUCAUUAAAAAUGGUAAUAUUAGUAACUUUACACCUGCUAUUCGUAAUGAUAGUAACACUACAGCCUCUUUAGUGAUGAUACCAGAAUUUUCGACUUAUUUACAAAAAAUAUUUCAAAAUGGCACCACCAAUAACAUAACUAGCAAGCUUAAGUUAUCGGAUGAGUUGAAAUAUGAUUUGAAUAAUUAUGUUAAGGAAAUAUUAUUAAAAGAGUUUCAGUUUGUUGAUAAACAAUUUUUUAUAUCGUAUAUUAAACAAAAUUAUGAAAGCCUAAAAAAUGAACUUCUUUCUAAACAACGGGAAGUUAGUACUACUGCUAAUACUUUUGAUAACAAGGAGUUACAGAUAUUUGUUGAAAGAUUAGUUUAUAGAAUCUUGAAAAAAAGUACUGCAUAUACAAACAACGAUAUUACCAAAGAUAACGAGGUGAAUUAUGCCUCGUAUUUAACAGGCACAAAAAUUUUAAAUCAUUUGUGUUCUAAAACUUUCCAAGAUGUAAUUGUAAAGGGAAUCUGGGGUAAUGGAAUAACGCCUAUAGAGUUAUUGAGUUUAUCUAGUGACACAUACUGGAUGUGUGAAUCAAAAAAAAAUUGUCAAUGGUCUAUUAGAUUCAAACAGCCAAUAUAUUUAACCAAUGUGCUAUACCAGCAUGGUAGAUUUACCAAUAAUUUGGCUUUAAUGAAUUCAUGUCCUAAGUUAAUAACGAUGUAUGCAGAAAUAAUAACACCUACAACAAUAAGGACAAAAGAUGUUUUCAAUAAGAAUGCCUAUGUUGAAAAUAGUGGAGACUAUGAACAUCUCUAUAAUGACUAUAAAUAUAUCAAAGUUGGGUCAUUAGCAUAUGAUUUACACGGAGAAAAAUAUAAUGAUUUGAAACAGAAGAUAGCCUUGCCCAAAUGGUUUAUUAACUUAAAACCAUUAGUUAAAGCUCUAAGUUUUGUUGUGGAAGAUAAUUAUGGAAAUGAAUAUUAUACUUCAUUAAAUAAGUUUAUUGUUAAUGGUGUAACGCCGUAUGAUUUGGAGUUGAUGAAACAAAGUGCGACUAAUAAUAGACAGGGCACAGUUAACGUUAAUAGUAAUAUUCUUUCGUUUUAUGAUGAUGAGAGGGAAAUAUAA